CGCUGGCAGCCAUGCAGAUCGUUGCGCCGGGGAACUUCCUCGAUGGUGUGGUAUUCGCAGUGUUCGUGAUGUUUGCCUCUGGCGCUGCCCUGAUGGUCUUCGGAGAAUUCCACACGACAGCACCCGCGCGUGUUUAUUGACCCGCGUUUGAGUUGUCAAUUGCAGCAUGUGCCACGACGCAUUUGGAACUUCCCACUCCAGUCAACCUUUGUCAGAUGGCCGUUGCCUUACAGGCCGAGCCUCGCCGCACAGAGUGGUUUGAUUUCGGCAGGUGCUCGGGGUUCCUUAGGUCUCUUCUUGGGUGUUCCCUCUGGCGCUCCUCGCACAGCUGCGCUAGGCUCAGUUGGGGCAACAAGUAGUUUCGCUCCUGAUGUAAGGUUCAUAGCUGCAAGACUUUGGCUUGGGUUUUGGAUGAGAGGUUGGAUUCGUGUAGAGUAGAGAUCCACUCGAGCUCAACGACAUUGAGUUUGUCGAUGCCCGCCAUGCUAUUGGGGGUGAGGCCAGCGUUGUCUUCUCAUGGUACAGGUGGGCGGUCGCAACUCAAGAUCAGUAUGUCCGUUUCGACAGUGCUGUAUUGCCUUGAGGGCGGCUGUUUCGGGUUCCGAGUCUCAUUCGGGAUUUCAUUUCAUAGUAUUAGGGUUACCGUGCGGGGAGUUGUAUACGUCAUAGCCCCCUUUGCGUUGGGCACUGCAAACGAAGUUUCGUGGCAGAGGCAUGGAUUUAUCGAAGACGCCUACUGCGAAUCACCGCCACACCAGAUGCGGGCGGCCCUUGCAGCGCUGGUGGAGGGCCUCGGUUUCCAGUGCCCGUUCAGCUGGCACAGCUGCCGCCGUGGCGGCGCGUCGGAGUGGUUCCUGCGGACCAAGAGAACGGGGCUCACCUUGGUCCGUGGGCGUUGGGCCAGCAGCCUCACGGCCCGUAUAUAUGUGGAGGAUGCGCUGGCUAACCUCGCGCGGGUCCAGCGCGGCGAUGCGCAGGCGACGCUCGUCCGACAGUGGCUUGGAUCGCUGCGCAUCUUCUCCGAACUGCCCUAGGGCAGUAUCUGUUCUUACAUGUGUGUAAACGUUCACUUUUUUCGGCACCUCCUUCUCACCCGCCCCGCCUCGAGGUCCUAUACCUGAAGGCCCCAUGGGCAAGCCAGCGUUGGCCGACAGCUGUUGCGCGUGCGUG